GUCUUCGAAAAACAAACAGACGUGUGUAGAAGUAGUCACACUGAUGAAGAAGCUUCUCUAAAUCUCUCUCCCCCCUGUGUUUCUCCAGAUCUUGAUUCGAUCCCUAACAAUCCCCAAUCUCUUACACUUUCUCCUUUCCACCGUCACUGUCAAACCCCACAGCCAUGGCCGUUAAGCCCAGGCACGGCCGCGUCGGCGGUCGCAAAACGGCGACGUCGUCCUCGACUCUGGUCCUCACUUUGCUCGUCAUGUUCACCUUCGUCAUUCUCAUCCUCCUCGCUCUCGGAAUCCUCUCUGUCCCGAGCGGCUCCUCCGGCGACUCGCCCAAGGCCAACGAUCUCAGCUCGAUUGUGCGCAACAGCGCCGAGAGGAGUCCGGGAGAUGAUCGGAGCAAGGAGCAGUGGGUUGAAGUCAUCUCGUGGGAGCCUAGAGCUUUUGUUUAUCACAAUUUCUUGACACAGCAGGAAUGUAAUUAUCUAAUCGACCUAGCCAAGCCUCAUAUGGAGAAGUCGACAGUGGUCGACAGUGAAACUGGAAAGAGCAAAGACAGCAGGGUUCGUACAAGCUCUGGGACAUUUUUGGCUAGAGGACGGGAUAAGAUUAUUAGGAACAUUGAGAAAAAGAUUGCUAAUUUCACCUUUCUACCUGUUGAGCACGGGGAGGGACUUCAAGUUCUCCACUAUGAAGUUGGACAGAAGUAUGAGCCUCACUUUGACUAUUUUCAGGAUGAAUUUAACACUAAAAAUGGAGGUCAACGUAUUGCUACAGUUCUGAUGUAUCUCUCAGAUGUUGAAGAAGGGGGUGAGACCGUAUUCCCUAAUGCCAAAGGGAACAUAAGUUCUGUGCCUUGGUGGGAUGAGCUAUCCGAAUGUGGGAAAAAAGGACUUUCGGUUAAACCUAAGAUGGGAGAUGCAUUGCUUUUCUGGAGCAUGAAUCCUGAUGCAACUUUAGAUCCUUCCAGUUUGCAUGGUGGAUGCCCUGUAAUCAGGGGGAAUAAAUGGUCGUCUACUAAAUGGAUUCGUGUGGACGAGUACAAAGUCUAAAAAACUACACAAGAGGUUAUACAAGUUCUUAUGUUACUGCUGUACUUGUCAAAAUUUCAAGCCCGAGCUUCAAUACCUGUGCUUCCACUGUCAUUUAACCCUAGGGAGCUGGUGGACACCUGCAUGGCUUGGAGAUUUGAUGGACUAGUUGUUGCUCUACUAAUUCAAGUUUUGUUUGUGAGCUAUAUUCUUGUUAUCCCUACCACUAAAAAUAAAGCAUUCACAUUUUUCCUUCGCCAAACAGCAAGUCUUAGGACAUUGAGUCGAUAUUAUAUGUAUAACAUCAACGGAAAAUGAAGAAAUUAGAUUUACC